UAGUGCGCCCCUAAAAUCACAUCUUAAUUUACGUUUUUAAAAUGUGCACCGUGCUGGAAUAAACCACCACCAACCCGACUUCGGGGGUGCAGUGACCGCAGAGCAUCUAGAAGAAGAAACGUUUUCCCUUAAAUGUUGAUGAGUAUAAACAGUAUGGAUCCACACUUGGGAAUCACUGCCAAUGAGGGUCUCAGUCAAGCAGGAACAGAAGAAACACAGGAAUUGGAAACUGGAAGUAUCAGCAAUAAUGAAGAAAUGUCCCAGCAAGUUGUGGGCCCAGAGGAAGCUACUGACGGACAUUUAGAUCCAUCUGAAGAAGAAGAGUCUUCACAGAACCCAUCUCAUGUGUACAGCCCAGAACAAAGGUUAAAUGGUGGACAUGAGCAGGAGUCAACCAAAAUGGAGAUGGAAUCUACUUCAUCAAGGACAUUUACCAUUGAUGACCAGGAACAAGAUUUACAUGGGAAACAGGAAUCACCUGUUGAAAAAAUGCAUGAAUUGUCGGAUGAUAUGAAUGGUAAAGAGCAAGCAAAAGAAGUGGUAGCAGACAUGGUCCAAGAAAGACACAUUGAAAGUGCAAAAGGAGAAGACUCUUUGGUUUACACUGCUAUCCCCGUGACUUUGUUUGAAGAUGCAAAUGCCCCCUCUGCAGAUAAACCACUUAACUUGGCAUGGUCAUUUGGUUUAAACAGCAAUAUUCCAGUUUUUAACUUUUACGAUGAAGCUCGUCAGGUGAUUGUGUAUGCUUGUGCCCACACAGCCGUUAUACAAGAUAUAUCACAAAACCGUCAGCACCACCUUCAGGGACACUGUAGCUGCAUUUCCUGCAUGUGUGUGAGUGAAGACAGGCGGUGGAUUGCUACAGCUGACCGAGGCUCUGAAAGUCUUAUUAUAAUAUGGGAUUCAUUCUCAGGGAUACCGGUUCAUACCAUAUUCGAUAGCCAUCCAGAAGGUGGGGUAAUUGCCAUGUGUUUCUCCCAAAAUGCAAAGUAUUUAGCAACUGUUGGAGGAGCAAAUGUUCAGAGAGUCUGCAUUUGGGAAUGGACCACAGACACUGGAAAACCAAUUUGCUCUGCAGAACUCAGUCCAGAGUUUGGAGUACAGACAUACAUAGUAUUUAAUGCUAAUGAUCAGACACAACUGGUAACCAACGGUGAAAAACAAGUGAUAUUUUAUACAUGGACUCAAAACAGUUUGGAUUAUGAAGCACCACCACUGAAUGACACAACAUUUAACAAAGUAGUGGGAGAAUUCAGCCAAUCAGUUUUUGAUUUUAGUGCAACAAGAGCAUUGACAGGAACAGCCGCAGGAAAGCUGGUUGUCUGGGAGACCAGCCACUCUCCAUCGAUCAAAGCAACAUCUUCCAUACAGCCACACAAAAAGAAGGCUUUAAAGCUAAUGCAUCUGCAAAAAGAUGCUAUUACUGUACUUUCUGCCCAUGACAGGUAUUUUAUAACUGGGGAUGUGCAAGGGCACAUUAAAUUCUAUGACCAGCGCCUGCAACUUGUAAACUGGUACAGCCAUCUUACCUUGAAGCCUAUUCGCUCCAUCUCUUUCUCAACAUGUCCACCAGUUUCAGCAAGUGGCAGAACCAGAUACCCUCAAGAUUGCUCUAUAAAGGGGGAUCAGUUUGCUAUAAGCGACUUCAUUGUGUCAACAUUAGAUUCUGUGGUUCUGCAUGUGCAUACGGAUGGUACAAUGUUAAAGAAACAUUUGCAGGAGCCCAGUAAAGCUGUGCAUGCCCUUGCCUGCCAUCCACAUGAGCAUCUUAUUGCUAUUGGAAGUUAUGACGGACUCCUAAAAGUGUGGAACUACAAGACUCGAAAUCUGUUCAUCAGCAGGAUAUUUGGCAAGGGCAAAAGUGUGCGUUGCCUUUCCUAUGAUCCUAAAGGUUUCUUGUUAGGAGCUGGUUUCACAGAUGGAAGUGUUUACAUCCUUGAUGCUAUGACACUGGAAGAUGAAAUUGCAGAACCCUUUAAGUAUGCCAGAGGAUCAAUAACCCAUAUAAGCUUUUCACAUGAUUCCCAGUAUCUAGCAACAGCUGACACAGAGUUUACUGUGACACUUUUCAAAUUAUCACAAGAAAAGGAUGGUCUAACUUGGCAAUAUUUUGGAAGAUAUCGCAGCCAUUACAAGGCAAUACAGAAUCUAAUGUUUGGGAUUCAUCUAGACACCAAUGAACCUAGACUCAUAUCCCUUGGAAUGGAUCGAAUGCUGGUAGAAUAUGACCUUGCUAACAGUGCUAAAUGCCAUCUCCUAAUACACAGCAAUGACCGUAUUGAGCAGAGUGCUGUCCCACAGUCUUUGGCUUGGUAUCCACCUGUGACUAAAGAAAGCUUUAUCCUAGUAGCAAAUGAUCAUUACAAGAUGAAGCUUUAUAAUGCAACCACAAAAAUGUGCAGAAAAACACUGCUAGGUCCAACAUUUGGUUCUCCUGUUAGGAAAAUGGAGGUGCUUCCUACAGAAAGUGAAGACAUCUGUAAGGGCUUCAUGGCCUACAUUACAGAUGAUAAGGUUGGACUCCAGAUCUUACCGCUUGAUGGAAACCCUCACAAGUCAAUGUCCCUUAUAUGCCAUCCAGAUGGCGUAAGCAAUCUUGCCUGUUCAUAUGAUGGUUGCUUUGUUUUUACUGCUGGAGGAGAUGACUGUACAGUGUUGAUGUGGAAGACAAAUUUACAGGCACUCGAGGCUGUUGCUUCCCUUGGAGGGGAUGGUCUAAUACCCUUCUAUGGCCUGCUGCAAGGAGGACAAGAUGGUUUAUUAUUCAAGGAGCUGGAAAAUUACUUCUAUUAUGCACAGCUACGGCACCAAGGGAUUGAUACAAUGGAGACCAGACAAGUGUCAACUCAUAUUCCCUUAAAGGAAGUUCCUUUUAUCAUGCGAGCACUGGGAUAUUAUCCAUCAGAGCAAGAGGUGGAAAACAUGCUGAAUGAAAUCAAAUUCAGUGAAUAUGUAGAUACAGGAAAACAAGUUUCUUGCAUCAGCUUAGAAGAGUUGAUAAAACUUUACAUUAAUCAUAGACCAGCCUUUGGACUUUUUAUGGAGGAAUUACAGUGGGCUUUUCAAGUGCUUGGCUUUACUAGUGAUAAUGAAAAACAAGCAAUUAACAGAAGAAACUUAUUACAGUUGCUGCAAUCAAGAGGGGAGCAUUUGACUGAAGAAGAGAUUGCUGAAUAUCUUAGUACUUUGUUAGGACUGAAUCCAGAAGGAGGGAGCUCAGAAAUAGGUAGCUACAACUCUACAGGUGCUGCAGAUCUGCUGGAGCAAGAAAUCCCAGAAGAGAUUACCACAGAUUUUUUUGCUGCAGACAUUCUUGGCCUACCUUACCAAGUUAAUGGGCUCUAUGAAGAGCACACUGUAACACAAGAGACUGACUCUUCUUAGGAGCCAAUAUUAAGGGACUACUGUCAUCUUUCAUUGAAGGAAAUGGUAUAUGUGUAUGUACAACUAUGUUUUGUUGAAAACUUAAGUCCAAAAUAGACACACCCCCCGGAAACAUUACAUCUUAGUGACCGAAUAAACGUGCAGGGUUCUCCCCGCUACACUGGC